CAAACGUUCAAAUGUUCUGAUCACUCAUUCUUAGUGAAGUGUAUCUUUUUCCAAUAGUUUACUUACUCUUCUUUCUAGAAUGUUUUGUGAUUACAAGUCUAAGCGUUGUGAGUAUUAAACUGAUUUAAUGUCCAUGAAGAGCUCUAAGUCAGUGAGUUAAGUUAGUCCAUAACAUCCUCUUGCCCCUAUGUCAUUUGACGGCCGGAAUAGGUAUUUUCCGUCAGUGAGUGAGAAGCUGCGUUGUUGUCUGCUUUGGCGGGAGGUGGAUAGAUGGCGCGGCUUCCGUUGAGAGUGAGAUGGAAUGAUGGGACUUGUCCUCUGCCUUUAAUGGAAGAAAGUGCCGUGGGAUGAUCCGUUGUGUGCAAAAUAUGAAGAACACAGGUUGUUUCAUUUGCUAGAAUUAUCCCUAGAUCGUAAAGAUAACGGGUAUAGAUCGUCUAAGCCGAUGGGUCAGUGAUUAGUGCUGAUUGAUUUUAGAUUUGAAUUAGGAAAGAUAGUUGGCCAUGGAUUGAUUCCCCGUUGGAUGUGGUGAAGCUCGUUUUUGAACUCUUAGGUUGAAGAUCUAUCUCUAGGUGGACUCCGUGGAUGGGGAUGGCAAUGCUUCCCAUUGUUGAUGAAGUUCUGCCAUCAGUACUAGAGUUUGUUGUUGUUGAAUGCUCCAUUGAUGCUGGACUGAAGGUGGUAGAAGAUGACCGGAGAUUGGGUGCACCGUUAGGCUGUAUGAUCCGACGCCAUGAAGACUCUGUUUGGAGCAGAGUAUUGUAGAAAAGAACAAAGAGAAGAUAAUGAAAAGAGAAGGCUAUUGUAUUGCCAGUUUUCUAUUACAAACAGUUGAAGCCAUCGGCGGUAUGAAAGAUUGACAAAUCUGAAAUUGAAAUACUGAAGUACAGGGUGCGAAUGGAAGGAAAGAAGUGUAGAUGGACAUUUAACGUGUAUAGUACUAUACAUCAGGACUGAGAUACAGAGUACUAAAUAGAGAGGGAGAAGACUCUGGAAACAGUUGGUUAUAUAUGUGGAUACAGAAGAGACACAACAGAUUCUCGAGAUCAAUAAAGGCAAAGAAUUCAGAAUUCGGCGAUGAGUUCAUGCAAUCUGGAUAUUGUCCAAGGAGAGUCUGUCAGUGGAACAGCGAGGCAGGUCAGAGUGGCGACGGUGGAGCAACCGUCGCCAUCGUCUCCGGGAGUGGCGUCGCCUUCGCCGUUGCUGGCUCCGUGGAGAGCUAAGCUUGAAGUGAUGACGGCCAUGGAUUGGAUGGAGCUGUUGUUGCCUUGCGUUCGCUGGAUUCGGACGUACGAGUGGGCUGAGUAUCUGCAAGUAGAUAUCAUGGCUGGUAUUACUGUCGGAGUUAUGCUUGUUCCGCAGGCGAUGUCUUAUGCAAAGCUGGCGGGGCUCCAUCCAAUUUAUGGGCUUUAUUCUGGUUUCAUUCCCAUAUUUGUAUAUGGUAUAUUUGGUUCAUCUCGCCAGCUUGCUAUUGGUCCUGUGACAUUGGUAUCCUUGUUGGUUUCCAAUGUGUUGAGCAGCAUUGUUUCCCCUAAAGAGGAGCUCUAUACAGAGCUAGCUAUAUUGCUGGCAUUUAUGGUUGGUGUUUUGGAGUGUACAAUGGGCCUGCUGAGGCUGGGAUGGCUUCUGCGUUUUAUCAGCCAUUCUGUAAUUUCUGGUUUCUUAACUUCUUCAGCUAUAAUUAUUGCAUUGUCCCAAGCUAAGUACUUCUUGGGCUAUAACAUAGAAAGAAGCAGUCAAAUCGUACCACUUGCUAAAAGCAUUAUUGAUGGUGUUGGAAAUUUCUCAUGGCCCCCUUUUUUGAUGGGAUCUAUCAUUCUUGCAAUCAUUCUUCUCAUGAAACACCUGGGGAGUUCAAAGAAGAACCUGAGAUUUCUAAGAGCAUCAGGUCCGCUCACAGCAGUCAUUCUGGGCACAGCUUUUGUUAAAAUAUUUCAUCCACCUUCAAUUACAGUGGUAGGUGAAAUUCCACAAGGCCUUCCAAAGUUUCACAUCCCCAGAGAAUUUGAUCAUGCAGAGUCCCUUAUAUCAACUGCAGUUCUAAUUACUGGUGUGGCCAUUUUGGAAUCUGUGGGUAUUGCCAAGGCAUUGGCUGCGAAGAAUGGAUAUGAGUUGGACUCAAAUCAGGAGCUUUUUGGUCUUGGAAUGGCAAAUAUAUGCGGUUCAUUCUUCUCUGCCUAUCCUGCCACAGGCUCUUUCUCUAGGUCAGCUGUGAACCAUGAGAGUGGAGCACAGACUGGACUAUCUGGAAUCGUAACAGGAAUAACAAUGGGUUGUGCUCUUUACUUUUUGACACCAUUGUUUCAGGAUAUUCCUCAGUGUGCUCUGGCCGCCAUAGUAAUUUCAGUUGGAAUCAGCCUGGUGGAUUAUGAGGAAGCUAUGUUCUUGUGGCGUGUAGAAAAGAAAGAUUUCCUUCUUUGGACCAUAACAUGUGUUAUGACCUUAUUUCUUGGGAUAGAGAUUGGUGUUCUUGUUGGGGUUAGUUCUUCUCUUGCAUUUGUCAUUCAUGAAUCAGCCAAUCCACAUAUAGCUGUAUUGGGAAGACUGCCCGGAACAACAGUUUACAGAACAAUUGAGCAGUAUCCUGAAGCCUAUGUAUACAUAGGAAUCGUUGUUGUCCGAAUUGAUGCUCCCUUGUAUUUUGCAAACAUAAGUUAUAUCAAGGACAGACUUCGACAGUAUGAACUAGUUGUGUCAGGUUCGACUUGGAAUGGAUCAGCUGAUGAAAAAAUUUAUUUUGUGAUCAUUGAGAUGGCACCUAUACCCUACAUAGACUCCAGUGCAGUUCAAGCCCUCAAGGACUUGCAUCAAGAAUACAAAUCACGUGAAAUUCAGAUAGCUAUUUCCAACCCAAACCGUAAAGUUCUCCAAACACUCUCGAGGGCCGGCCUGAUAGAGCUAAUAGGCAAAAGAUGGUAUUUUGUGAGUGUUCAUGAUGCUGUAAGGGCUUGCUUACAAGAAAUGCCGAGCUUACCAGGAAACAGUCCGAGGUUAGCUGAUCAAUCACCUCAAAGGCCGAGAGGUUUUUCACAACAACAAUGGCGACGGAGAACCGGUGAUGAAUCCGGCCCCACUCAGGAGCCUUUAUUGCUGCAGAGGGAGGUUUGAAUGGUAAUUAUUCGGAUUCAUUCAUGAUUUUAACUCCUUUUACUGUCUGCAUCUGUUAUGGAAGAUGGAAAUAGUGGAAAAUAGAAUUUUGUUGUGCUACAAUAAGAUUUGCUUUGCGCUGGAACACUUUCUUUAACUGAUGGAGUUGUAUUAGUUUGUGUUUUGUUGGAUAAAGGAGGAUGUAACGGUCAUAUAUUUUGAAUUUGAAACUGUUAUAUCUGUUGGAAACGUUACAUACAGUCA